AUGGCCGAGGUUUCCAGCUCCCUAAAAGUCCGGUUCGCGCAGGCGGCCAGUCAUUCCGACCCGGUCUCAGUUCACCAGGCCUUCGAGGAGUUGGCUCCAUUUGGUGAGAUCGCACGCCUGGAGUUGUUGCCGGAGGAGCCCGACAGCGUGGUCGUCAGCUACUACGACGGUCGAUGCGCCCUUCGCGCUGCUCUACAUCUUGGUGAUGCCCGCUGCUACAUGGAGCAACCGCAGCAUGAGCAGUGCUAUGUCCAUCUUCCAAACGAGGCAUCCGGAUGCUGCAUCGAGGAGAUCAGCAACUUGUAUGCCCACUGCUGCGAUGGUCGGACGGCAGCAAACGUAGCACAGCAGUUUGGUGUCCGGGAGCAGAAGUCCAAGAUCAGAAAGGCCUAUGUUGCUCCAGCAGCAAAGCCUGACAAAGUUCCUACAGCACCAAGAUAUUUGAACGAUCUCGGGAUCUCCGAGGUGGUGUGGGCAAACCUGGACAAUGGCCAGGAGACCCGCACCACGCUGAGAAUCACUGGCGUGCCCGUCAAGCUGUGCAAAGAAUCCAGGUUUCAUGUAUUCCUGGAAAACGCAGACUUGGCAGAGCACGUGGACAUCUUCCGCCUUUUCGCUGGCUCACGCCGCCACUUCGGCACAGCUUUGGUCAACGCAGUUUCCCCCACGGGAGUGAAGUUGCUGGCGAAGUUCUUCCAUGGACGGCAGUGGGGGGCAGCGGGCAAACUCAUCCCUGCAGCCGUCAGCUUUGCAGCAACGCAGGGACGAGACGAGGUUCUGCGAAAGUACCCGUGCAAGGAAAACGUUCUCAAGGAGCAGGACAGCUCCCGAUUCACAAUUGCAAAGGUUCAUGCUCACACCUUGGGCGAUGUGCCGGGGGUGUCCGAGGUCAGCACGGAGGCAAGCGACGACGCAGAAUCACUGCCAGCUUCUGAAAGGCUUUAG